UGACAUCAUGACUAAACCCACUGUGAUUGGUCAGUGUGUGCCUUUAGUUUAAGAGCUGUCCCACUGCUGUUGUUCCGGAGUCCGAAGAACUGAAGAACUGAACACAGGUGUGGUCAUGGAUCUGGUUCUGGACGUGGCGGACCACUACGUCCUCACCCCUUAUGUCUACCCGUCGUCCUGGUCGGAGGAUGGGCUCCUCAGACAGACCCUCAGCCUGCUGCUCCUCACAAACCUGGGGGCGGCGCUGCUCUACCUGGGACUGGGCAUGCUCAGUUACUGCUUUGUCUUUGACCACAGUCUGAUGGAACACCCACAAUUCUUAGAGAACCAGGUUCAGAGGGAGAUCAGGUACGCUCUGACGUCUCUUCCGUGGAUCAGCCUGCCCACGGUGGCGCUGUUUUUGGCUGAAGUUCGAGGAUACAGUCGACUGUACGACAGCGUCAGCGACUCCCCCCUGGGCUGGCCUGGUCUCUUCCUCAGUAUGCUGUCCUUCCUCUUCUUCACUGACAUGUGCAUCUACUGGAUCCACAGGUUUCUUCACCAUAAGCUCAUCUAUAAGUUUUUCCACAAACCCCACCACGUGUGGAAGAUCCCCACCCCUUUUGCCAGCCACGCCUUCCACCCGGUGGACGGUUUCCUGCAGGGUCUCCCCUACCACGUCUACCCCUUCCUCUUCCCCCUCCAUAAACUGCUCUACUUGGCCCUCUACGUCUUCGUCAACAUCUGGACCAUCUCCAUCCACGACGGAGACUACCGCGUCCCCUCGGCCCUGACCGCCGUCAUCAACGGCUCCGCCCACCACACAGACCACCACCUGUUCUUUGACUACAACUACGGCCAGUACUUCACCCUGUGGGACCGCCUGGGGGGGUCCUACCGCCACCCGUCCGCUCUGAUGGGGAAGGGGCCCAAAGACCUGAUCUGGAAGCUCCGAUCAGAGGGAAGGUUAGGAGAUGGAGGCCGCAGGGUCAAAGGUCAGCACCACAGACACAGGAAGGACCAGUAGACACCGGGGGGGGGGUGAUAAUGGAGAGUCUAAGUGGAAGAACACCCCCCACCCCCCGCUGUGCCAAAAGAGAAGCCCGACGGCAAUCCAAUACAACUGGAUUCAGACUGAACGCACAAAGGUGGAGCUCCACCUGGGAUUUCUGCUGACCCUGGGAGAUGGACCAACUACACCUAGAACUACAACUGAAACUACAACUGAAACUACACCUACACCUAGAACUACAACUGAAACUACACCUACACCUAGAACUACAACUGAAACUACAACUGAAACUACACCUACACC